AUUUUUCAGCAGAACAGUUUGUGGAAAAUCUCUUGAAUGAAGGAAGCAAAGUACCCUGUGAUGAAACUUCAGAUGCUUUCAAUAACAAUUUAAAGUUACCACCAUACUAUGAUGAACAAUUGUUCAAAAAGGGUCAAGAAUUUUUUUACAGGAAUAUAUUCGGUUUAUUCUUAAGUAAAUUUCUAGGACUGAUAGCACUUUUAACGUUACCUUCAUCUGUAAAUAUACUAGUUAUGACCAAUAUGUCAAGUACGGAAAUGUCAGCAUAUAAGAGAUACAUGGCUACUAUUUUCCAUAUGUGCCUGUGGUACGACGAAAAAUUCAGACCCGGAUCAAGUGUUCCACCUACUCCUUGCGAUGAUAUAAAGGAAAGCAUUAAAGAUGCACUUGCCGCAAUCACCCCAGAUAUUCUAAGGAAU